GCGCGACACUUUCGAGAUGAUCGCCCUUCAGAGAGACGCGCGUGCGUCUAGGAUUGGGACUGCUGCACGCAGUUCUCAAUUAGCUUACGGAGAGGAGCGGCGUGACGUCACACUGCCCCCACCAGAGCCAGCAGUUCCGGCUUACGUACUACCUCCUCUUCCUCCCCUGACCAUCGAUCUAGCUCACAUCAGGGGAGCGCGUAGACGGCAGCCUAGAGUCGCCCCGCCUCGCGAGCGCCCGGCAGACCCUAUCCCCCCACCGGUCUACUUCCACUUCGAUCCUACAGCCACUACAGACAGACGGGGGGAGUACUAUGGCCCGACUCAGUACUACGGUUCCACUUCCACUUCAGCAUCACAGCCUCCGUGGCAUCAGACCUAUUUCCCACAGGGACCCCAGGUAUCAUCGUAUCAGGUCCCGCCUUCGUCGAUGCCGUUUUUUGAGCCGUCGUACGGACAGACAGCAUAUACCACUUCUCUGGGCACACCACCGGCGUCUCAGUUCCAGCAGGCCACACCGACGGCGUCUCAGUUCCGGCAGGCCACACCACCGGCGUCUCCGUUUCAGCAGACCACACCACCGCCGUUUGCUGCAUCAGAUCAGUAUUACCGUCCAGCGCCAUAUACAGAUGCUCAGCCGUUCACGUCUUUCGAUCAGUGUUACCGUCCCACGAUGCCUUCGGAUGAUCAGCCGUCGACGUCACAUUCACGGCCAUCUUCUUCUCACCAGGCCCAGGAUCCAUCACAGCUACAUUUUACACUAUCAGAGUCAUGGUUAUUCGGUCCGGAGAUCGGUUCAGAGGCGUACGAGGAGCUUUUAUCACGACCGGAUCUCACACCUCCAUCUUUUAGACUUCUACCGCCCACACAGGAGGAGACCGGUACUGCACCACCAGCAGCAGACGUUCAGCAUUCAGCUCAGGACGAGGACGCAUCCGACAGCGGCGAGAGCCCUCCGGUACCCAGACAGUUUCACUCGAUCACAGACAGCUCGCGGCACCGACGAGAGACUCACGGUUUGAGGGUACAGAGACCGAGGACUCGUAGAUAUGAGGAUUAGAUUUCAUAUUUUUCUUUAUUUAUCGAUUUUUGUAUUUUAGUAUAUGUUGUAUGUUUACUAUAUUAUGUAUAUUAUAUUCGUGUGUUAUAAUUGUUAUUUUGUUA